AUGAGCACCCCAACGCCCGCAUCCUUACCCGAUGAAGCCGGUCGUUUUGGCGAGUUCGGGGGACGGUACGUUCCCGAAACGCUGACCAAGGCGCUGAACGAGCUGACCGAAGAGUAUCGCCGUGCCCAGGCCGAUCCGGCGUUUCAGACGCAACUGGCCGACUUGUUGAAGCAUUACGUUGGCCGCCCUUCGCCGCUUUAUCACGCCGAGGGACUCAGCAAACAUGUGGGCGGUGCGCAGAUCUAUCUCAAGCGAGAAGACCUGAAUCACACCGGUGCUCACAAGAUCAACAACACCAUCGGGCAGACGUUGCUCACGCUGCGGAUGGGCAAGCCACGGGUGAUCGCUGAAACGGGGGCCGGCCAGCAUGGCGUGGCCACCGCUACGGCCUGUGCUCGCUUCGGGCUCGAUUGCGUUGUUUACAUGGGUGCCGAAGAUAUCCGUCGGCAAAAGUCGAACGUGUUCAACAUGCGGCUGAUGGGGGCCGAAGUGCGGGCGGUGGAAACCGGCUCUCGCACGCUUCGCGAUGCCAUCAACGAGGCCAUGCGAGACUGGAUGACCUCAGUCGAGACCACGCAUUACAUUCUCGGCUCGGUGGUGGGCCCGCAUCCGUUCCCGCUGAUCGUUCGCGACUUUCAGUCGGUGAUUGGUCGCGAGACGAUCGAACAAUCGAAACUGCAACUUGGCCGUCUGCCCGACUUGGUGGUGGCUUGCGUUGGGGGAGGCAGCAACGCUGCAGGGAUGUUCUACCCGUUCGUCGAGCAGACCGAUGUUCCGCUGCUGGGCGUUGAGGCCGGGGGAAGUUCUGACAAGCCGGGCGAUCAUGCUUCGCCGCUGUCGUAUGGUCGGCCCGGUGUUUUGCACGGCGCACAUAGCUACGUGAUGCAGGACGACGAAGGCCAGACUUCCGACGUGCAUUCGAUCUCCGCCGGGCUCGACUAUCCGGGUGUGGGACCCGAGCACAGCUACUGGAAAGACACGGGGCGGGUGAAGUACACCAGCUGCCGCGACGAAGACGCGUUGGCCGGCUUCGAUUUGCUGGCCCGUACUGAGGGGAUUCUGCCGGCGUUGGAAUCGUCGCAUGCGAUCAGCCAGGGGGUUGCGGAAGCCCGAAAACGGUCUGAAAAAGAUGUGGUUGUGAUCUGCCUCUCUGGCCGUGGCGAUAAAGACGCGAACGAAGUUGAACAUCGGGGACCACGGCGUCGUCUUAUGUCUGCUAUCGAUCAACUGUUUGAAGAAUUGCGGUCACGAAAGAAAAAGGCGUUCAUGCCGUUUGUGACUGCGGGCGACCCUGAUGUUGAAUUCACUGCUGAGGUGCUGAGAGCGUUCGCCGAAAACGGGGCGAACCUGGCCGAGGUUGGCAUUCCCUACAGCGACCCGAUCGCAGACGGUCCGGUGAUUCAAGAUUCUUACACCCGUGCUCUAUCGGGACACGUUACGAUGGAGAACACCUUCGGCAUGCUGCGGGGCGUGACGAGUGAGGUGGCCAUGCCGGUGGUGACCAUGGUGAGUUACGCCAUCGUGUAUCGUCGCGGACUGGAGGCCUACGUCGACGCCGCGGUGGCUGCCGGUGUGAGCGGUGCGAUUGUGCCCGACUUGCUGGUGGAAGAGGCGGGCCCACUGGCUGAAGUUUGUCGCGAGCGGGAUUUCAGUUUGAUUCAACUGGUCACUCCCACCACUCCACGCGAACGGGCGAAACGGAUCGCCGAGCAAUCGACCGGCUUCUUGUAUUGCGUGUCGGUCACGGGCAUCACCGGCGAACGCACGGAUCUUCCGCCGGAGUUGCUCGACAACAUGCGGUGGUUGCGCGAGCAAACGUCGUUGCCGCUGUGCAUCGGAUUUGGCAUCAGUCGGCCCGAGCAUGUGAAGACGUUGGCUCCCGUGGCCGACGGUUUGAUCGUGGGCUCGGCACUGGUUCGCCCCAUCGGGAAGAUUGCUGAAGCGGGUCGUGAGAAGGUGCUGGAGGAGAUUGGCAGCACUGUUAAAUCACUUACCGACGCACUGCACGAUUAG